AUGUCUACUUCAAAGAAUCCAAUCGUCAUUCCUCCUUAUCUCGGCAAGAAUAUGGAAUACACCGGGAAUGAGAUGGAGUUUCAAGAAUCUCUACUCACGCUAGUGUCUGAGAAGAUGGUGGAUUUCAACAGUCUGAAAGCAAACAACUUUGAUAUGGAACCAUACUUCGCUCAUCAAGGAUGGAAUAGAUACUUCGAGAUGUUGAACGGUCCUAUUUAUCCAGAUCUUCUUAAGCAUUUCUGGAUGAAAGCUAAGAUCUUUACGAAGUAUGAAGCUAAGCAAGAGGAACUACAAGCUAUUGAGAAGAACCCUAGGUUGAAAGGAAAAUCUAGGAAGGAAAUGGGUCUUAUUGAGUUCAAUGGUACUCAAAUUAGGUCAAACAUCUGUGGUAUGAACCUAAUUUUUUCUAAGGUACACUUCAACGCUCUGCUUGGAUUAGAAGACAAGGGUUUGAUUCUGGAAAUGUUUGAAAAGGAUACAAGGUAUAGAGAAGAUCUUCUUCACAGAAUGUUCUUGGACGUCAAUCAGAAAGGCAAAGUCAAAGGAAUGAUUGACGAGUGCAGAGUUUUAUUCAAGAUUAUCAUAUCAUCUAUCUGUCCUAGAUUAGGUGGUACUGAUACUAUCUCCUGGACACAUCGUCACCUCAUCUACUUCCUUCUAACUCAGAAAAAGGUUAAUCUGGGUGAUUACCUUUUUGAACGUGUUUGCGAAGCCAUUUUUCUCAACAAAACUCAGAGGAGAACUUCUAUCGUUCAUCCUAAACUCUUGUCUGAGUUAUUCUUUCAGUGUAGAAUAGUUAAGUUGGUUAAGAAACACCAUUCUGAGAUUGUUGAUAAUGAAAUUAUUCCAGAAGUUCUGUCUGCAAACUUCUUGACUAAGAUGCAUAUAAUCAACACCAAGGUAGUUCAACCCCAGCAAGACUUUCAUGUUCGCACUGGUGAUCCAUUCUUCAUAGAUGGUUAUCCCAUUAUUUCUUGA